AAAGUAGUAUGGAACCUCUAACAAGUAUUCUGGUGCCCUCUGUCCAAGAGCUAGCAAAGGAACCACUAACCAAUGUUCCAGAGCGAUAUGUUCUUCCAGAUCAAGACACUGUAGUGCUAUCUAACACUAUCUCUUUACCUCAAAUUCCUGUCAUUGACCUUGGCAAAUUGUUGUCUCAAGAUCUUAAUCUCAAGGGACAUGAGCUAGAGAAGCUACAUUAUGCCUGCAAAGAAUGGGGUUUUUUUCAGCUGGUUAAUCAUGGAGUAAGUACUUCCUUGGUGGAAAAUAUGAAGAGAAGUGCUAAAGCUUUGUUUGAACUUUCAAUGGAAGAAAAGAAGAAGCUAUGGCAGACAGAAGGAGACUUGGAGGGAUUUGGUCAGGCCUUCAUUUUGUCUGAGGAACAGAAACUAGAAUGGGGAGAUGCUUUCUUCUUGAACACACUACCGGUUCACAUAAGGAAACCACAUAUAUACAACCAAAUCCCCCACACAUUCAGAGAAAAUUUAGAGAUAUAUUCUGCAGAAUUGGAAAAACUCGGCAUCAAAAUCACUGAACUUCUGGCAAAUGCUCUUGCAAUAAAUCCAAAGGAAAUAACAGAUCUAUUUAACAUAGGAACUCAAAACAUAAGGGUGAAUUAUUAUCCUCCAUGCCCCCAACCAGAACAGGUCAUUGGCAUAAAAUCUCAUUCUGAUGUUGGUGGCCUCACAAUCCUUCUUGAAAUCAAUGAUAUAGAAGGCCUUCAAAUAAAAAAGGAAGGACAAUGGAUUCCUGUUCUACCCCUGCCUAAUGCCUUCAUCAUCAAUAUUGGAGACAUGUUAGAGAUUAUAACAAAUGGGAUUUAUAAGAGCGUUGAACAUCGAGCAAAAGUUAAUUCGAAGAAGGAGAGGAUUUCCUUAGCUACUUUUUAUGGCCCUAGCUUUGAAGCAAUUUUAGCUCCAACACCAAGUCUUGUUACUCAAGAAAGACCAGCACAGUUCAGAAGAAUAAGUGUUUUAGACUACUACGAUCUUAGUUUUUCACAAGGGAUCCGUGGAAAAUCAUAUUUGAAUGAAAUAAAGAUCACAAAGGGUGAUUUGCAAAAAGAAAAAUCACAAAGGGUGGAGAAUGAUAACAACUCUUACUAGAACAAUCAGGGAAUUGAGAUGGAAAAUGAAUUAAUAAGUAUGCAUUGUAGUAAUUGAA